AUGUUGGAGUGUGAGAAAUUUCCGGUCUUCAUCUCAUCCGGUGACAACAGCAAGCAGUUUGAAAUCUAUGGGCUACCAUCAAUUGAUUAUCCAGGCUGUGUUAAGUAUGAUCAUUUGCGUUGGCAGGAUGGCUUGCCUGCGCACCAUGGAGAACCUAUCGAUGGGGAUAAACAUCCCGAUGUGCCGUCAAAGGAGUCUAUUGAUGUCGCAGCCUCAUUCAUCAAGGAACAUGUUCCCAUUCUGAAUGCCACACAGCCAGAACAUGUCGACAAGUGCAAAUACACUGUGUCUGAGGACUGUCAUUACAUUAUUGGUCCAUAUCCUGGUUCAUCAAACGUGCUAAUUGGUGGAUGCGGUUCAGGAAGUGGAUUCAAGGUUGCACCAGGUAUCGGCAAGGUACUCGCUGAGAUGGCAUCGGGAAGUCAAACUUCUAUCGACGUCUCGUUCUUCUCUUUUGAACGAUUUCUGAGGCGAUAG